AUGGAUCUCGAGCAGCUGCGUAAGCCGGACUUGCUGUUAAUGUGUGAGGAGUUGGGGAGCGAUGCCAGGAAAAUUCAACGAAAACCACUCCUCGUGAAGGCAAUCCAGGCCCUAGGCGCUGACGAUAAAGAGUUGAGUGAGUGCUGGGAAAUGAUCAAAGAGAGGCGCGAAGCGGAAGAGCGGAGGCGCGAAGCAGCUAAAGCCAAGGAAGAGCGCGAGGCGGAAGAGCGGAGGCGCGAAGCUGCUGAGCUGAAAGCCAAAGAGGAACGCGAAGCGGCUGUGGAGAUGAAGCGCUUGGAACUGGAAAUGAAACGUCUCGAGAUGAAUCAGGCAGUGAGGGGCGUCUCGAACCCCGGCGAAGUGAAGGCUUUAAAAAUUAAAGACCUAAUGCAGCCCUUCAAGCUCUUGCUCACGUUGUUGCCUCGUGAAGCGGCACAGGUUGUCGCCAGACGUAGCCCGGAGGAGGCAGCAGACUAUGACGCGGUCAAGCUCGGCCUUCAGAAAAAGUCGAACUUGGUGGAAUGGCUUAAAAGUGCGGAGGUCUACGGUAACCGCGACGGCAUUGUCGAGUGCUUCGGGCUCGAACAACUGUACAAGGGCAUGCCGGAGGUAAUGCGAUACUGGGUUCAGGAUAAAAAUCCUGACACAACUCAAAAGGCUGCCGAGCUGGCCGAAGAGUUUGUGGCACGCCGGAGUAGCCAGAAAGACGAUACCCCAGAACUUAACCAAAAGAAACAACGUCAACAUCACGCUCUAAAAGUUCACCAACUGAUCAUCUGUAAAUGUGAACACAAUCAAACGGCACCGAUAAAAAUAAGAAAAUGGUUACAAUUCCAAAACCAGAAACACUAA